AUGUGGAAGUAUCCAUCUCCAUCAAUCAACACGUAAAAUCCAAGCAUUCAAUUCUUGUACAAAUACCCAUCGUCUUCUCCUUCACCACCAACAAAUUAAAUUACACUCCCAUAAGUAAUGGCGAAGAAGGCGGCACUAGCAGCAGCUCUCCUGGUGGCCGUGGCCAGCGCCACCACCUCCGACGACGAGGAGUGCAGCCAGCACGUGCAGGGGCGGGAGUUCCGCUCGUGCCAACGCUACUUGCAGGACCCGCGCAGCCGCUUUGUUGAUGACUGCUGCGAGGAGUUGAGGGGAAUGGAGCGCCACCAAUGCGGCUGCGAAGCCAUAAGGCACGCCGUGCAACAGGCGCAGCAGGGAGGCAGCAGCGAGCACAUCUACGAGAGGGCACGUGCCCUUCCCCGCACGUGCGGCUUGACCCACCAGCAAUGCCGCUUUAAUGUUGUCUUCCUCUACACAUCUCACUCUUCAUAAUUUUCUACCUACU